AAUUCAGACGCUCACUGUACAUUCCCAAACAAAAACAUGUUUGACAGAAGCGAUAACGCCACACACACCCAAAUAUCGCAUCUUUGCGCAUCAAAAUAGACCGCAACAGAGAAAGACACUGUUGCACUGGGAAAGGGGGCCGCCGGUAUUGUGACGGAGAAGAAAAUCUUCUAUUCUUUCAUCGGACUGUGUUCGGAACGGAGUCAGAUAAAAGCUUUUCAGCUUCAAUUAUUGCAGCAGCAGCAGCACCAUAUGAGGUAAAGAAGAUCCUGGAAUGCGAAGUUUUUAUCUGCAUAAUGCACAGCAACAACACUUGCAGCUUGUUGGUGUUAGCCAGGAUUGACGUUACAAGCGCAUAGUGAAACAAUUCGCGAACGUGAUUUAUCGAAGCAACCACAUCGAACGGUCUCGCAGCGAGAAGCACCUGUAUCCGUGGUAAUUACUUCCAUCUCGCAUCCGGACCAUUCUAAUCAGCCACUUUGCUCUGCGGUUCAAGUGAACGUGUUUGUGCUUCUCCUGCUGGUUAGUGAUUUUUUUAGCGCCGUGUCUGAGCAGUUAUCACAUCAAUCGUAAUGGACAGUGGAAAGUAUAAUUUUGCGAUCGAUCGUGGCGGUACCUUUACGGAUGUGCUGUGCAUUACUCCCGACCGUACCGUACGCACGCUGAAGCUACUUUCCGUCGAUCCGGCCAACUAUCCGGAUGCACCCACCGAAGGCAUACGGCGUAUUUUGCAGCAGGAAACGGGACGCGCCCUGACGCCGGAUGGAUUGAUCGAUACGGGGCUGAUCGGUUGGGUACGGAUGGGUACAACGGUGGCCACGAACGCACUGCUCGAGCGGGCCGGCGAUCCAGUGGCGUUGGUUGUGAACAAGGGCUUCCGGGAUCUGCUGCAGAUUGGCAAUCAGGCGAGACCAAACAUUUUCCAGCUGAACAUCCAAAAGCCGGCCAAUCUUUACAGAGAAGUCAUUGAAAUCGAUGCCCGUGUAGUGCCAGCUCAGGACGGAAGCUGCCAGCUGGGCGAAGCGGCCUCCAGUUGGAGAAAGCUAACUGGCGCUUCCGAUGCCGUGUAUCUCGAAAUGGUUCAGCUGGACGAGGAAGAUCUCCGGACCAAGCUGGAAGGUGUACGUGAGGCCGGCAUCAACUCGCUCGCCAUCGUUCUCGCCCACAGCUAUGCCUGUCCGGAGCAUGAGCUGCGUGUCGGACGGAUCGCACAGGAGCUCGGCUUCCAGCACGUUACCCUGUCCCACCAGGCGAUGCCCAUGUGUCGGUUGGUAGCGCGUGGAUUUACCGCUUGUGCCGAAGCGUACCUAACACCGCACGUCGAACGCUAUCUGGAUGGGUUCCGGAGUGGGUUCCGCGAUCAGCUCCGUGGGGCCGAUGUGCUGUUCAUGCAGAGCGAUGGUGGCCUAACGCGGAUGGAACAUUUCCGCGGUGCACGCGCCAUACUGAGCGGACCGGCCGGAGGGGUGGUAGGCUACGCGGUGACGGGAGUACGCGAUGCCGGAGAGGAUCCCACGCCUCCAUUGAUCGGGUUCGAUAUGGGCGGUACCUCGACGGAUGUGUCACGGUACGCCGGAACGUACGAGCACGUGAUCGAAAGCACGACGGCGGGCGUAACGAUACAAGCGCCCCAGCUCGACAUUAACACGGUGGCGGCCGGUGGUGGUUCGCGACUCUUUUUCCGUUCCGGAUUGUUCGUGGUCGGACCGGAAUCGGCCGGUGCCCAUCCGGGACCGACGUGCUAUCGGAAGGGCGGUCCACUGACCGUUACCGAUGCGAAUCUUAUACUCGGCCGACUGUUGCCCGAAUACUUUCCGGCCAUUUUUGGUCCGAACGAAAACGAACCGCUCGAUUACGAAGCGACGCGGACCGCUUUCGAGGAGCUGCGCGAGGAAAUUAACGACCAUCUGGCGACUAGCGGUGACGGUGGUCCACUGUCGCUCGAACAAGUCGCGAUGGGUUUCGUGCGCGUUGCCAACGAAGCCAUGUGCCGCCCGAUCCGUGCACUGACGCAGGCGCGCGGUUACGACACGGCCCGUCACGUACUGGCGUGCUUCGGUGGUGCCGGUGGCCAACACGCUUGCAGCAUCGCAAAGCAGCUCGGCAUGGGGAAGGUCGUGAUGCACAAAUACGCGGGCAUUCUGUCCGCGUACGGCAUGGCCCUUGCGGAUGUGGUGCACGAAACGCAGGAACCGUGCGGGUUGGAACUGUGUCCGGAUAAUCGGGCCGCACUGAAGGAACGGUUGCACGUGCUUUCGGCCCGCUGUGUGGAGCAGCUGGAGGCGCAAGGUUUUACCCUGGCCGAUGAGGGUUCCAUCUCGCUCGAACCGUACCUUCACCUGCGCUACGAAGGGACGGACUGUGCGCUAAUGUGCGCACCGGACCGGGUGGUCGAAAAUCCGGACCACACCGUCUACGGGUUUGGCGAUUUUGGCCGCACGUUUCACGAACGCUACAGGAGCGAGUUUGGAUUCGUGCUGCAGGGACGUCGCAUCCUGGUGGACGAUAUCCGUGUGCGCGGAUGUGGCCGUGCAUCGCUGUUCACCGAACCGGACAUCGCGGAAGCGACGGGACCGAUCUAUCCCGAGAAAACAACCGUAGCGUACUUCGAGGAAGGUGGUGGCGGACAGGAAGCGGCCGGCCGACUCGUCACACCGGUGUACGAUUGUGCGAAGCUGCGCUAUGGUCACCGGAUCGAUGGACCGGCGAUACUGAUCGAUCGUCUUUCGACGAUUGUCAUAGAACCGGGCUCGAGGGCGAUCGUUACCCGGCGGGGCGAUCUUACGAUCGACAUCGGUGCGGGCAACCAGCGGCCGAAGGUGGACGAACGGUUGGAUGCGGUACAGCUGAGCAUCUUCAACCAUCGGUUCAUGAGCAUCGCCGAGCAGAUGGGACGCGUGCUGCAGCGUACGUCCAUCUCGACCAACAUUAAGGAACGGCUCGACUUCUCGUGCGCCCUGUUCGGACCGGACGGUGGGCUCGUGUCGAACGCGCCGCACAUCCCCGUCCAUCUCGGUGCGAUGCAGGAAACGGUCCAGUAUCAGCUGAGACGACGCGGUGGCACACUCAAGCCGGGCGAUGUGCUAUUGUCCAACCAUCCGCAAGCUGGCGGUUCGCAUCUGCCCGAUCUGACCGUGAUCACGCCGGUAUUUACGCCUGCCGAACCGAACCCAGUGUUUUUCGUCGCUUCUCGUGGUCACCAUGCGGACAUUGGCGGUAUUACGCCGGGUUCGAUGCCACCGCACUCAACCUCGCUCGAUCAGGAAGGUGCAGCGUUCAAAUCGUUUCUGCUCGUGGACGGUGGCGUGUUUCAGGAGUAUGCCAUCGUUGAACGUUUGACCCGUUCCGCCGCUGGAUCGGGCGCUCCCGGGACGCGCAACCUUUCGGACAAUCUGUCCGAUCUGCGGGCACAAAUUGCCGCCAACCAGAAAGGUAUUCAGCUCGUAUCGGAACUGAUCGAUGCGUACGGGUUGUCCGUGGUGCAGGCGUACAUGGGCCACAUGCAGCAGAAUGCCGAACUAGCCGUGCGUGAUAUGCUGAAAGCGAUUGCGAAGGAUACGCGCGAACGGACCGGUACGACGGUGCUGGAAGCGGAACAGUAUAUGGACGACGGCACCCCGAUCAGGCUGGUGGUGCGUAUCGACGAAGAGCAAGGAUCGGCCGUGUGUGAUUUUACCGGUACCGGGCCGGAAGUGAGCGGCAACUGUAAUGCACCGAGGGCGAUAACGUUGUCCGCACUGAUUUACUGUUUGCGCUGCAUGGUCGGUCACGAUGUGCCACUGAACCAGGGCUGUUUGGCACCGAUUGAGGUCAUUAUUCCACCGGGCUCCAUACUGGACCCGUCCGAAGGUGCUGCCGUCGUCGGUGGGAAUGUGCUGACCUCGCAGCGAGUCGUAGAUACGGUGUUUGACGCGUUCGAAACGUGUGCCGCUUCGCAGGGCUGCAUGAACAACGUCACGAUCGGUGACGAAGGUUGGGGAUACUAUGAAACGGUCGCGGGUGGUAGCGGUGCCGGUCCGGGAUGGCAUGGAACGGGCGGUGUACAUACGCACAUGACCAACACACGCAUAACCGAUCCGGAAAUACUCGAGCUGCGCUAUCCGAUCAUACUGCGGCGCUUUACGUUGCGCGACGAUGGUAGUGGUGGUGCGGGCCGUUUCCACGGUGGCGAAGGUGUCCAUCGGGAGCUGCUGUUCCGGAAACCGAUGACACUUUCGGUGCUGACCGAGCGUCGCACACUGCGACCGUAUGGGGCGGCUGGUGGAUCUCCCGGCAAACCUGGACUGAAUCUGCUUAUCCGUGCGGGACCACGUCCCGGUCAGCCGGGACACCGAGCGGUCAACAUUGGUGGCAAGACAGCGGUACAGGUAGGACCGGGCGAUGUGUUCUCGAUGAAAACACCGGGCGGCGGAGGAUACGGUGUGCCGGAUGACGAGGAAGGACCUGGGCCACUGUUCAGCACGCAACGUCAGCAACGACAAGAGGCAGCAGCGGCCGCCAUCGUUUCGGUCGGGUCAUCGAAGGCGUUCAUGGAGCGCGGUAGUGUGUAUGAGUACCGGAUGGCACAGGAGUCUGUCUGAUGGCACGAGAUCGGGUUCAACUUUAACUUCUAUCUCGUGCUGAUCGUCGUACUGCUCGUGAUCGUGAUCGUAAUGUUCAAAUAGCCCCCGGGGAGCGAUGGAGAUUCAAUCGGACGCCGGUCGGGGUUUCUCCUCUCGUUUGACGGUGGCGAUGGUGGUGUUUGGCUGGAGCAGCACACGCGGCAACAGUUCGAGUAGGAGCAGCAGUAACAGCGGUAGUGUUCUGUAGGUAGCAAACUUCUUAUUAAUCACACUUCUCUAUACAACGCAGCAGCACACACACACACAGUGUAGCUGGUUACUUCUUUCUGUGUCAAUCCAUGUAGGUACGGCGUGUUCUUCCAACCAUAAGUCAAGUUUUUUAGCAGGCCAAAAGCGUUAGAUGAUGUAUACGGAAGCGGGUGUUUGUACUGUCCAUCUAUUCGGAAACGACCAAUAUUGUCGGUAGCUUUAUUAGGUUAGAAUUUAGAGACGAUUUUUCGACACGCACUAGCACUCACCAUACUUUUCUCUUUAAUGUGCCACAGGCGCAGAUACGUCGGUUGUGUGGUGAGUUGUUUGUUGUGUGUCCUCCGUUCAUAGAACUCUGUAGCCAAAUUUUACAUUAUACAUCCGUAGCCAAUGAUUGCCUUUUUGUAAAAGUGAAACCUAAGCAUACGGUGAAACAAAAUAUAUACGCACACAUUUCUCACGUAGUAGAAGUAGAAAGUGGUUUUAGUGUGUUUUAAACAUUUCA